CAAGGCGGCACGCCACACUCUCGCACAGAUACCACUGCCCGCACGCACGCACACACGCACGACAGCUGAAGCCACAGCUACAAUAUCUGGCAGCAGACUGAAGAGAACGAGGGAGGCAAGAAACAAGGUGUAGUGACCAUCAACCGGCCUGCUAGCAGCUCCGAAGCUAACCGCAUUCUGCCCACCUUCCCCACCACACCUGGCCUUUCAACCACCGCCCAGGACAGAAAGCGGCCCCCAUCCAAAGACCUCUACCAUCUGCUGAGAUCACCGAAUGCUUGAACAGGGUGGGAGAUGUUUUCUUUCCCCCUGCAUCUAAACCCACAGCGUUAUAUUGGUGUUGUCGGGCGAAGUCUGGAAGCAUGAAGACGAUCGCGGAGAAUGCUUUGUUUCGGACAGCUGGGACUCCUGCCAGCACGUUGAACCCUGAAGAACAAGUUAUCAUGCGCGAGAAGUUGAAUGGGACUGAUAUUGGUGUCCUAGUCGCAUACUUCGUUUUUGUCCUGUUUGUAGCACUCUGGGCUAUGUAUAAGACGAAGAGGAGCACUGUCAAAGGUUACUUCCUGGCUGGCAGGAACAUGACUUGGUGCCCCAUUGGAGCAUCGCUGUUUGCCAGCAAUGUUGGAAGUGGCCAUUUCAUUGGUCUGGCUGGGAGUGCUGCUUCAUCGGGCAUUGCUGUCAGCGCCUACGAGUGGAGUGGAAUGUAUGCCUUGAUGAUGCUCGCCUGGCUCUUUCUUCCCAUAUACAUUGCAGCUGGAGUCACCACUAUGCCAGAAUAUUUACUAAAACGAUUUGGGGGCCAAAGAAUUCAUUUCAUCAUCGCUAUGCUUUCUUUAUUUGCAUAUAUAUUUACAAAAAUAUCGGUUGAUAUCUAUGCCGGAGCUAUCUUUAUUCAACUUGCUUUACAAUGGGACCUGUAUAUUGCUGUGAUUGGCCUACUCAUCAUAACUGCAAUCUACACAGUGGGCGGUGGGCUGGCUGCAGUAAUAUACACGGACACACUGCAAACAGGGAUCAUGCUGCUAGGAGCUCUGGUUCUUAUGAUAUAUGCUUUUAUUGAAGUUGAUGGUUACUCAGGCCUCAAAAAGAAAUACUUCCUGGCCAUCCCCAAACUGCAUGUAACAAACUCAUCCUGUGGCAUGCCAAGGCAUGAUGCCUUUCACGUCUUCCGAGAUCCAGUUAACUCUGAAUAUCCAUGGUCAGGUGUAACAUUUGGAGCAACUGUACUUAGCACUUGGUAUUGGUGUACAGAUCAGGUCAUUGUCCAGCGAUCGCUUUCUGCUAAAUCAAUUACCCAUGCCAAAGGUGGAAGCUUGUUUGCAGCCUAUUUGAAGAUCUUCCCAAUUUUCAUAAUGGUGUUUCCAGGCAUGAUCAGUCGAGUGCUUUAUCCCGAUCUUGUGGCUUGUCCAGAUGAACAUUCCUGUCGUAGAGUUUGUGGCAAUCCAAUUGGGUGCUUUGAUAUCGCUUAUCCACUGCUUGUAAUGAAGCUGCUCCCUGAAGGAGCACGGGGCCUAAUAGUUGCAGUCAUGAUUGCUGCUCUCAUGUCCUCCCUCACUUCAAUCUUCAAUAGUGCAAGUACAUUAUUUACGAUGGACAUCUGGCACCACGUCCGGCCCCACUGCUCUGAGUGGGAGCUCAUGAUUGUUGGCAGGAUAUUUGUGUUGAUCCUAGUGGUGGUAUCUGUUUUGUGGAUUCCUCUGGUGCAAGCAAGCCAAGGUGGCCAACUCUUUAUAUACAUCCAAUCCAUUACCUCCUACCUAACCCCACCAAUCGCAGUGGUCUUUGUGUCUGGCUGCUUUUGGAAACGAGCUAAUGAGAAUGGUGCAUUUUGGAGCCUUGCUGCCGGAUUUUUCGUUGGGUUUACUCGACUGAUUUUGGAUUUUAUCUACAGUGCACCGCCAUGUGGAGCAGCAGACACACGGCCAUUAGUUAAUAGCAAAGUUCAUUUCUUGCAUUUUGCGCUCAUCCUCACUCUCGUCUCUCUGAUUGUGAUGGUGGUCAUGAGUUUCUCCAGUCCAGCCCCGCAACCAGAAAAGAUCUGUCAGUUGACCUGGUACACACGCUUUGACAAACCACCAGAGAAAGAAUCAGAAGAAAAUGUUGCGAUAACUGAAGACACACAACAACAACCAGAUGAACACAUAACACAUCACAUCACCAAUGAAGAAGACGUCAUUAAGCAAGGUGUGAAGUCAAAGCUAAAGCGCUUUUCCAUGUGGUUCUGUGGGAUGAACACGAAACGUGUGGACGCUGCUUUUGUUAUGGAUGAAGAAAAAAAUACUCUCACACUGUACGAGAGUCGCUGCAUGCGCUACGUUGUAAAUAUUAAUUUGGUCAUUUGUAUGUGUUCGACAAUCUUCCUUUAUGCUUAUUUUGCUUGAGACAAUAAAAUAAAUUUAUGUUUACAAAGUAACAUAUCCUAGAAACUCUCAAUACAACUGAUCUCAUGUUGGGUAUUAUAGGGAGAAAGGUAAUACCAAAAAUAUUAUCUUAUCUUGAGGUUAUGAAUGAAGGAUGAAUUAUAAUACAGUGUUUAGUAAAGUUUAAUAGUUUCUUUCAAAUGGGUGUAAUUUUUCUCUCGUGUCAGCCAAUGUUAAAUAAAGAUUUA